AUGUUUAUCCUUGACGCUUCCGGGUCUAUGUGGGGACGUCUUGAUGACGGCCGCCCCAAGAUUUCCGUCGCGCGGGAAGUCUUGAGCAGCGUUACCUCGAAGCUUCCGGUUUCGGUAAAUGCAGGACUGAUUGCUUACGGGCACAGACGCAAGGGAGACUGCUCCGACAUCGAGCUGGUUCAUCCCAUUUCCGCCGCGGGAGGGGCGGCGAUUGGCGGCAAGCUCAAUUCUUUGUCUCCGCGCGGAAAGACCCCGAUUACGGAAGCCUUGCGCCUUGCCGCAGAAAAGCUGACGGGACAGGAAGACGACAGGACCAUUGUUCUGGUCAGCGACGGAAUUGAAACCUGCGAGGGCGAUCCGUGCGCGCUCGCUGAAGCAUUGCAAAAAUCCGAUGCCGGCCUCAAGAUCCAUGUCGUCGGAUAUGGUGUCGACGCAGACGCACAGAAGCAGUUGCAAUGCGUGGCUGAAAAGGGCGGCGGCGCCUACUUCCCGGCCAACGACACAUCAGGUCUUGUCGAGGCACUUUCACAAGUUACGGAAAGCAUCGCCACACAGGAGACCAUCGUUGUUGAGGCACCGGAAGUCACCGAGGCAGCCGACACAAUUCAGUUGCAGAUUGCAGGUCCCGGCACGAUCCAGCUGAAGCUCGCCGACUGGGUGAAAAUGCCGAAGUACUGGAAGAUAACGAACCCGGAAACAGCCGACGAGAUUGCAAAAGUCACAGAAGACAGCGUCUCGGCGAUGCCCGGUGCCUAUCAGCUGGUCUGGAGACAUCUUGAACACGGUGCCCAGGAAGUGACACUUCCCGAGGUGGUCUCAGUGUCAUCCGGACAGACGACCGAGGUAGCAAUCGAUACCGGCCUUCAGCUCGUGCCACCCACUGGCGAGGACAAGCCCUAUUACUGGCAAUUGCUCACCAAUGACAGCGAUCUUGAGAACAGUUUCCGCAAACGGGAACCUGCUGCCUGGUACUGGGUCUGGGACGCUGUUCCGGUUCCUCCUGGCGACUACACUCUGAUCGUGCGCCAAAGUGAGCAUGACCUUGCGGAAGUCAAUCUGGGUCGGAUUUCGCUGGACAAGGGUAAGCUCACUCAGAUUGCGCUUGACCAGGGGCUGAACCUUAGCUGGAACGCGGACUGGGACCAGAUUUAUUAUCUCAAAGUCACGGAUGCGGCCGGCAACGAAACCAAGUUCGACGGACAGGGCCCGAUUUUUCUGGCGCCGGGCACUUAUGAUCUGGCGCUCAGGUUGACCGAGCACAAUCACAGCGAAGCCGAUUUCGGAACAAUAACCGUGUCCGAAAAAGGCUUUGUCGACGCCAAACUGACUUCCGGUAUCAAGUUCGACACCCAGAUCCCGGGUGAAAUCAAGGUGACAGCCAAGAACCUGGAUACGGGCAAGGAAGCCAGCAUCAGCUGGAGCGGUUCAUCCAGCAACCGCUGGCCACCGAUGCCCCUGGGAGCCGGACGCUACCAGAUCGACAUGCAGAUCAAGGGCUCGGCACCAAUGACGAUCGUCCCCGAGGUAUCCAUCAAACCCGGUCAGUUCAUCACGGCGAAGAUGUGA